AUGUCCUCCGCGCUCACCGGGCUCGUCGCCAGGAGCAUGUACGGAAAUGUCCCGCCAGAUCCUCAUACGCGUGCGCAAGACAAUCCGACUCUCCUGAUCAGCUGGUGGUGCACCUGUUUCUCGUUCGUCAUCAUCCUCGUCAGAGUCAUCGGUCGAUACCAACGGACGAAUCGAUUCUUCACCGAAGACAAAUUCAUGAUUGCCAGCAUAAUCCCGCUUUUUGUCAGGAUGGCUUUCGUUCACGUUGUUCUGAUAUGGGGUACAAAUAACACGAAAACACACUCACUGACCGAGCUGGAGAUUCACCAUCGAGAGACUGGGAGCAAGCUUGUUUUAGUGUCAAGGAUAUUCUACGCACUCUAUAUCUGGAUGGCAAAAUACACCGUUUGUGAGUUCCUCCGACGACUGACCGGCAUGGUAUGGACACGGACUUUUCAAAUCGCCCUUCGAUCCAUCGAAUACUUCCUUGCUAGUACACUAGUCGCGGUUAUAAUCGCCACAUUGGUCGAGUGCCAACCUUUCAAUCACUAUUGGCAAGUGACCCCCGAUCCAGGCCCUCAAUGCCGACUCGGCUACGCGAAUUUGAUGACUAUGGGAGUGUGCGACAUCUUGACGGAUUUCUUCCUGGUGGCCCUACCUGUUUCCCUCUUCGUCACGUCGGCCAUGACAAUCAAACGCAAAAUUCAGCUUACUGUUUUGUUCGCCUCGUCAUUCGUGUUGGUCGCUAUCACUGGGUACAGAGUACCCUCGGUCAUCAGACGGGAUGGUCUACAAAGCUUUCGUUCUCUCCUUGCUUCUUUUGAGAUACUAGCCGCCACUGCAGUUUCAAAUUUUGUCGUGAUUGGGUCCUUUGUCCGUGAUCGGGGUCUCAAAAAGGCCAAGUUUAAGCGCCCUGGAGGCUCGCUCUCGAUUACUGAGAGUGCCGAUCAAAGCUCGGUCAGACGAACGACACUCACUCAAAAUCACUGGGGGAGUGACGCGGAUCUGGUCCGUGACAUGGGUAUCCGGAUAGACCCUGAAAUGCACGCUGUUGAAGCCAACAAAGUCCGCCCUGCUCCAGUAGCCAUGACAGGCGGGGUGGCUGAGGGGUGGACAUUCAGCCAGGGUCAUCAAAGGAACGACCGGGCUUCUACUGCGGGUAAUUUCAGGUCCCAGUCGCAUUUAUCAGCCUCUGGCGAUUCAGAGAGCCUGAAGGUCUCGCCAAGACGUGUAUCCUUUCAUGACGUUGGUGGUCUACUCGAUGACUGUGAUCCGCCGUCGCCUACCACAACUAGAGCGCCUUACCCACUUCCUCGCUCCUCGUCUCAUCUCUCUACACAGUCUACAAACACAGGCAUGUCGCGAUAUAUGCCAUAUGACCAAGGAAGCGAUCCUCCUUGGCAAGACGUCGGUGGUCUUCUCUCUCCUUCCGAUUCUUAUACAAGCAACUCGCCUGCUAGCAACGUAUCCUCUAGCCACAACCCCAGGGGCAACCCGGAGACUGCUCUCAAUCGACCAGCUCCUGCUUACUAUCACCGCGAGUCUGACGAGUAUCAUAAUAUCCCAGACCUCGAACUACAUGACGCAGGCGGUUUACUCUCAAAUACAACCUCUAAUACGAAUUAG